UCGCCAUGUCCGUUCUCAACCCCCUUGACCCAGCCCUCCUCCCCCGUCUGAACAAGCAAUACAUCGCCUUCUACAAUGCGAACCUAGCCAACACGCCCAUGAUACACCAGCUACCAUGGCAUCCGUCACUACACGCAAUGAAGAGUGUGGCCGGGAGCGCCGCGCCCCUGCCUUGUCAGACGAAGGACGUCGACCUCGGGCACUUCGCCAUCCGCAUCUUCUACCCCUCGCCCGCAAGCGAAGAUGUUCCCGUCUUCAUAUGGUACCAUGGCGGCGGAAUGGUGCUGGGCUCGCUCGACGCCGAGAACGCGCUGUGCACGCGCAUCGCAGCAGUGGGAUGUGCGGUCGUCGCGGUCGACUAUCGGCUCGCGCCAGAGCACCCGUUCCCGGCCGGCGCGGACGACGCUUGGGCCACGCUGAGGUAUGUCGUCGAACACGGCUCUGAGCAUGGCCUGGACGCCUCCAGGAUAGGUGUGGGGGGGUUUAGCUCGGGCGCCAAUCUCGCCGCUGCAGUUGCCCAGCGCGCCGGCCGCGAUGGUGUCCCCAUCGCGUUCCAAGUGCUCAGCGUGCCCGUCACGGACAACACUGCUGGCCCCGAUCGCUUCCCUUCGUGGGAGGAGAACCGGAACUGCCCGGGUCUUAACGACGGGAAGAUGCUUUGGUACCGGGACCAGUACCUGCCCAACCCAUCAGACCGUACGGACCCCGUCGCAUCGCCCCUCCUCGCGCCGGACGAGUGGGUCGCCGGCUCACCCGACGCAUAUGUCGUGCUCGCCGGCCUCGACCUACUCUACUCUGAGGGGCUGGCUUAUGUUGACCGCCUCAAGGAGGCUGGCAACACCGUCGAUCUCGUUGUCUUCGACGACCUGCCGCACCUGGCCAUGGCGAUGGAUGGAGUGCUGGACCGCGCGCGAGAGUGGAAUCUGGGCAUCUGCAACUUCAUCGCCAUGCGGUUAGGGCGGCCACAACUUACUUUGUCUGAUCUGUACGAAGAGCCGUGUCCGCCUGCGUUAUAGAUGCCACACUUUGUUCUGG